AUGCCGGCUCGAGUAGCGGCCCCACCAACGACACGGGUGGCGACACGGACGACGAGGCGCACAGCUGCGGCCCCCGUAUCCGCUGGAGAUGACCUUGCGGCGACGCUUGACCGCGUGCUCAAGGUCAGCGAGCCCGAGCCUCAGCCGAGGAAGCGUGUCACAUCGGCUAGCAAGGCGUCUGCGACAAAGGCUGGAGCUCCUACGAAGGCCCCGUCGGCUGCCACGACGAGGACUGUUACAAAGUCGACCAAGACGUCCACACGAGAGACUGAAACGACCGCAGCAAAGCCGACGACCACACGAACACGCCGAACAGCCACGACUACCACCCCUUCCAGUUCGCGUGCGGCGUCGACAACGACGACACGGACGACCAGGGCGCCGACUUCCGCUUCCAUUCGUGCUACAGCCUCCACUGCUAGUGCCAGCAAGGAUUCGCCCCAAAGGGUGACUGAUGACGAUGACCUACCAUGGACGAAACCAGGCGUCGGCGUCAGGGAGCGUGCCCAAUCGGCGCAGGCGGCGAGCAACUCUGCGAUAAAGCUACUGUCCGAGGCUCAAGCGGCGGGAUACAGGACAGGAACAAAGUCAGAGUGGGCUCCAAAGGUUGCCAAGGCUGUACGCGAAGGCAGGGCCGGAGUGAAGGUGCUCCGAGAGCUGUACGGCUCUGGCUCCCAGCGACUGGCCGUCGAGCGAGGUGCCUUCAACCUGGCCUUCAAGUGCAUUGCGUUGGAUAUGAAUACGACCGCCCUUGAGCUUCUUGGAGAGCUCAGGCAUAGCCUGGUCAAGGACUACGAGCACAUUUUCGUUGGCGAUGAAUGGACCUGGGACGGAAUUACGACAUAUCCGCGCGCCAAGGGCGAAAUCGGCGACGUUCUUCGACAGGCGAUUUGCUCCACUCUGACGAUCUCCGACGCUGCGAAUCACCCCCUGAUUCUAGCGCCUUCCCUACCACUUACCUCCAUCGGUCCGUUUGCCGUGUUACUGUACCGCCGUAUCUCGGCAGUGGACACCCCGAUCUCAGCCUCUUGGCUUCGACUUCGUUUCUACACGGCGUUUGCGACAACGGUGUCAUCAAGCGCGGCCGACGAUCCUCCUAAGAAGAACUCGCCCGACUCGAUCUGGUCUCAUGUCGCGCGGACGUGCCAGAAAUAUCUGGCCGGGACUGAUGACAAGCGGGCCGUGGCGAUGUUUAUCUCCCAGUGCGUUGAUGUCGUGGAGCGUACCUGCGCCGCUCGAGGGGAGAACAGGAAUGCCUGGUUCGCAGGCAGCUGGAGCACAGUGGCGGAUAUCUGGGUCGGAGUUGGCCGCAACCUCGGUGACUCAGCCGUUAUCGACGAAGCCUUGGCCGUCGUUACAUCGAUCGCAACGAUUUCGGGAGACAAGGCGUCAGCCACCGUUCGGUCGGGCACAGCUACGCCGCUCUCGACGAGCGCAUCGAGCGCAGUGUCUACUGGCUCCUCGUCGAGCGUGUCGAGGAUCAGCAAUGCUUCAGCAACUGCUUCGCAGCUGUCCGCGAAGCUGGCCAGAGUUCAGGUCCAGGUCGAAGCUCUGGCCAGCGAUUCCUCUGCUUCGGGAAGCGCCUUGACUGAUGCUUUGGCCGGUGUCGAUCUCGGCACCCUCCUGUCUGCUCUUUGUAGCAUGGGAAGCGAGGGAGCCAACGCCACCUCAGCCUGUCUCCGAGGACUGGAGCGCCUACGACGAGUGCUUGUGAAGCUAUUGGAUCGCCCAAAGUUGGUCGAAGUGGUGCGCGAAUGGUUAAGUGCUGAGGCGACUUUUAUCGAAAGCCUCCUUCGGGACGUUUCCGACGACCGAAUGCCCGCCAUCAGCCGUGACUGUUUGCCCGGUCUCGUGGACUCAACCCUGAAGAUCGCCCCGUCUCUGGGAACGACCGAGCUCAUGUCUCUUCUUGACCGCGUCUAUUCCCUGGUGAUCGCCAACAAGCCGAACAUCAGUGCUGGCGCCCUGGUGCAGUUCGUGGUCUGCCUUUCGCAAACGGCUCACGCUACCGCCGUGCGCCUCACGCAUGCCAAAGCAAACGGAGCUCUAGGACUGAUCAAGCGUAGUGUGGACUGGUCUUCCGAACUCCUGGCAUCGCCUCCGGACGAUGAGGCUGUCCUGGACUCGACGCACUGGAGGGCCCUCCAUGGCUCGAUGAUGAGGCGACUGGAGCUUCUCGCUUUCUGCUAUCAGGAGAAGGACAAGCCGGCCGCAAUGGCAGCCUUUGCCCGAGCCCUACUCACUCUGGACGACUCCACCAUUCACCGCAUCGAAAAGGAGAGCGCCUCCGUGAGCCCGUACAAGAUCUUCGCCAACAUCUCGGAUUGGAUUUCGCUGCUGAAGCGCUGCACGACAUUCAUCACGAACGACCCGGAGACGAUCGGCUUCGCGUCAAUUCUCUGGAGUGCAAUGGACGAAGCGCAUGUCUCCACCGCCGUCCGAGGUGCCAUUGGCGAGCGGGUUAUGGGUGCACUAGAGCAUGCCCGCUUCAAGACGCACAUUCAGGUGCUCAUUUCCGAGCUUGCCGAUCGACUCUUAGCGACUUAUGCCGACGCCGACUAUCCCAUGCGCCGAAUGAGGGUCAUCCUUCGUCUGAUGGCCACUAUUGCUGCCACGGGAUACCAGUCCAACCGCUUCAACCCUCUUGCGGAAGAGAUCGAGCACCUUGCAUCUCAGACCGCCUUCGGUAACGACUCGGGCUUGGAGAGAUACAGCUCAGAAUACCAUGCCUGUGCACUUGUCCUACGGGCGCUCGACGCUUACCACGCCACCCAACACAGUGUGGCGGCAGUGGCGCAACUUGGAGGUGCGGCUCUCAAAGCCAUCCGUAACCUGAUUGCUCCUCCCCAGGUCGCCGACAAGCCAGCUGUUGCGGGCAAGCGCGUCGUCAGCGGCGCUCGCGGUACACGCGCGACGGUACGGAGUACCCGGACGACCACGGCCAAGACUGCCGCCAAGCCUCCUGCGGCGAGGUCGACGAAGGCGGCAUCUGCGAAGGCUGCACCGAAGGCGACGGAGCCCGUACCGCUUGUGAUCGACGACAUGGAGCGCUUCUGCGAACUGCUGGACUCCCUUGCUACUCUCUUCGGUAUCAUGGGUCUCGUGCUGCCUAAGUUAGAGACAUUGAGGGCACUCCGAACGGUACAGCGUCAGGACCAGGGAGAAGGUGAGUUGACGAGAGUGGAAGGUAAACUAACAUUAGCCUACAUUAUGACCUCUGCUCGCCUGGGUACGGAGUACGGGCGUCUCGGUAAAUUCUCUAGGGCUCAAAGCAUCUUCGCAGCUGCCGUCAACUGCGCUGAGGCGACCGAGAACUCCAGCCAAGAGACUGGCUCUGACGCGGGGCAGUCGGCGACCAUCUCCCCUGCCGCUCUCCUCGAGGUGUACCUUCGUUACGCACGAUACCUCGCGAUGUCUGGCCAGGUCGCAGACGCUCGCGAUGCUUACGCCAAUGCUCAGGACUUGUUCCCAUCUAUCCCAGAACCUACAAACACGGGCACGUUCUCUAAGCGCUGGAUCGAGCUUUGUGCUGUUUCCGAGCGGGUGGCCCUCGCGCACGGUACUCUCGCAGCCAUCAGGAUGGCGGAGGGUGACGUUGCGUCAGCACUUGACAGCCUGACUGUCGCCUACAGGCAAUGGUGCCGCGGAGCACACGGCAUCGCACACCUGGCUGCAGAGGCUCCCGAUGCUGCGGACGUGCAGGAGUUGGAGGCCGUCGAGGAGGAGAUGGAUGAGCAUGAAAAGGCUAAGGCGAAGUCGGAGGGCGUGGCCAAGGCUGCGCGCAACUUCUGCUUCACUGGCAAGUAUCUCACCGCCUUGCAGUGGCAUUAUGCCGAGCACCUCGUCGACGCCACGUUUGAUUUGACCAUGGCACUUGCCCGUAGAGGCUCGGUCAAGGAGUGCGAGUACUACCUCGUCCAGGUCCGUGGCAUGGUGCCGGCCAUUCGGUCUAGCAGCCUGUCCGCCCGUGUUUCGGCUCACAGCGCCGAGCUCGAAUCCCGUCGUCUCAACUUCGAUACGGCAGCCGAGCAGAUCACGAGCGGCGCCGAGUUCGCCAUCGAAGGCCCGGAUGCGGUCGAGCUUAUGCGCGUGCAGGGCGAGCUGCUCUCGAGGCAGCACGAAAGUGCCGAGGCGGACGAGAUGUUCAUUCGCGCCGUUAACGAUAUCGUCGGACUUGACGGGCAGUUCACCACUGCAGAGUCGUGGCCUUCGCCAGUCAAGGAUACAAGCGUCGAACCCCUCUUCCCCAACGCUCUCGGUCAUCUCCUGCGCCAGCGCGCUUGGCUUUUGAAGGAGGCCGGCUGCAACGACGAGUAUAGCGAAGUACAUGAGCAGCUGCAGCAUGUGCCGGAAAACAAGUCGGAGAACCUCUUCCUCGACGCCAAGGUCGCGAUGCACGAUGCGUUCGACUGCUUCAAGACCGACCUGUUCAUGAGCUCUCUGACCGAGUCCACGAUCGCCAUGACCAUGAGCGGAUCCGAAAGGAAGGACAGAGCCUCUUCCCGCCACACCGCUCAGCUGCUUCUGGAGAAGGCGAGCGAAGCGUUCCGAUCGACACUCGCCGCAGUCGCCCGCACCGGGAAAGUCGAGGAGAUUCGACAGGCGUGCGUCUCGCUCGCGGUUCUCGGCGCGUUCCAAACCUCCCUCGGCCAUGGCAAUCCCGAGACGACAGCUUCGGCCGCUGGUGUUCUCGCAUCCGCCUCGAGCAUUACCUUGCACCGCGAGCUACUGUCGGCCGUUGACGGCAAGUUUGCCGACCCCAACGCGGACGACUUCGACUGGCCCGCUCUCGAUAGUCCCGAGAUCGAGCCGCAGACCGAGCUCGAGGGGGACUGGAAGAGCCUGAGGCAGCAGUAUCAGGCCAACGACUACCUGCAGACGGACUACGACCUUUCUUCGCUUCCGAAGACUUGGGCCGUGAAUGGGUGCGAGCCUCUUGUCUUCUGCAUUCCGCUGGAUCGCCAGGGCAGGCGCGAGGGUGAGGACGAGUCUGAACUCUUCACGUUUGACGCGGGCAUGACCGAGCUGAAGGCCGUUAUGGACGGCAACGAGGCGUCGAUCAGCGCAAUCAAGAAAUGCAUGACGCAGGAGGACAAGAAGACGUGGUGGCGCGAUCGCAUCGCAAUCGACGCGCGACUAGGCGAGCUGCUGGCGACGAUCGAGUUCUGCUGGCUGGGCGCGUUCAAGACGGUGCUGAACCCGCGCUCGUCUUACGACACGCAGGCUUUCACGGCAUUCAAGGAGCGUCUCGACCGCAUCUUCCAAAGUGCUCUCAGCGGGGGCUCCGAACGCCGCUCCACCCGCGUGCAGCUCCCCGAUGCUCUCCUGCAGUGCUUCGCAACCCUCAGCAGCAAGUGCAAGGACGAGGAGGUCGAGGAUCUCGUCUACUUCAUCCUGGAUCAGUACCAGUUCAACGGGGUGCCAGUCGCGCUGGCUGAGCUCGACUUUGACCAGCUCGGCGUCGACGUCAAGAGCGCGCUCAGCGACCUCGAGGCGGCGUCCCUCUUCCACCAGCCUCAGCGGGAGGAGGAGCACCUCCUGCUCGCGCUCGACAAGAACGUGCAGGGCAUUCCGUGGGAGUCGAUCCCGAUCCUGCGCGGCCGCGCCGUGAGCCGCAUUCCCUCCCUACCCUUCCUGCUGCAUACGCCGCGGCGCGAGGUCUCCCGCCGCAGCGCCGAGUACUACCUCAACCCCUCCGGCGACCUGACGGGGACGCAGGCGCGGUUCGAGCCGCGCAUCGCCGCCCUCGAGAAGAAGUACGGCUGGACCGGUCUGACGGGCUCGAAACCGACCGAGGCGGCCGUGCUGAAGGCGCUCGAGGAGAAGGAUCUGGUCGUGUACUGCGGGCACGGCGGAGGCGAGGAGUACGUCCGCGGCCACAAGAUUAGGCAUCUCCAGAGAUGCGCCGUCACCAUGCUCUGGGGCUGUUCCUCGGGCCUGCUCAGGGACCAGGGUGACCUCGACCGCACGGGCACGCCGAUGGACUAUGUCCUUGCCGGCUGCCCGUGCCUCGUCGGCAACCUCUGGGACGUGACGGAUAAGGACAUUGACCGCCUGACCGAGGUUGUGCUUGACCAGCUUGGGCUGGGCGAGACGGAGGCGAAGGAGGAGAAGAGCGUCGUACAGGCCGUCUCUGCUGCGAGGGCGAGCACCAAGCUCCAGUUCCUCACUGGCGCCGCGCCCGUUGUCUACGGUAUCCCCGUGUAUCUCACGGACUAA